AUGGCUACUCCCUAUGUUUCAACCUACCCAAUAAAAGCAAAAUCAAUCUCCUGCUCUUCAAAUCACAUUAUUGCCUGCACAGAUUCUUCACUGAAAAUAUAUUCUUAUCCUUCGUUUAACUUCUGCCAGUCAAUUGAUGUAAACUCUACUCAGAAUUUCCCUUAUCCUUCACAAAUUCUUCUUACUCAAGGACAAAUUUUGACUCUUUCUCCUAAGUUUCAAGUCUGAACUUAUCCUGAAGGAAUCUUAUUGUAAAAUUUAUUUAAGGUUUACCUAUGAAGCUUCAAAUCCUAAGCAUUUUUCAGUAGAUCGCCAUGAUGUUGCAUUACUCUUAAAAUCAAAGAUAGUUCUUUUAUCUCUUAUUGACUUAUCAACAGUAAUGGAAAUCGAAAUAAAAGUUGAACCUAACAAAAUUCUGCUUAUAUCCGGACGAUGAAUUUUACUUCAAGAAAAAUAUUGACUCCGAAUAAUCAAUUUUGAAGGAAAAGAAAUCCAUAGUUUCAAUCUGAAAAAUCCUGGCCUUCUUGGAUUUAUGAAUUGAUUACAGCCAGCACCUGACGCAAUUCACAUAGGCCAAUACGGUUUAAUUUGCAUAACAACUGACGAAAAAACAUUUUUUGUGGAUUAUGAUUUAAAAAGGUAUCCAAGAUAUCAAGAAAUCAAUCAUGAGUUCAUGCCCUUAUACGUCGCAUUUUUGCAUCCCUGCUAUAUUUUGGCAUUCGCUAAAUCCUACCUGAACAUAUAUUUAAUUCAUUCUGGUGAAUGCAUUUAUAAGAUGCCAAACAUUUGUUACAGUGAAAUUACAGCAUUUACAUAUGACACUCUCUUAAUGAGCAAUUCAGACUCUUUAAUGUGUUUCAGUUCUCCUUCUUUAGAUACUAUAAUCUCUACCUAUUUAGGUGAGAAAAGAUUUGACGUCGCCCUCGAGAUUUGUGCUGAUACAUGCUCAAACUUGGAGUCAAGGGUUUAUUUUGAGUAUGGAGUCCAUAUGUUUUUUCAAGACAGAGAUUAUCAAAGAGCUGCACAUUAUAUGAGAAAAAGCGAAGAAUAUUGAGGGGUCUGCUCUUUGAUGAGCAAAAUCGUAAAACUCCCACCAAUUGUGAAAGAUAAAUGCAAAGUCAAUCUAGAAAAUGCAGUUGAGAGAAUAAAAAAUUAUUCGCUUUUAAGGUCUCAUUUUAAUUAUAUAGCGCAGUUUGAGCCUUUGACUUAUGACAAGACAUUGAAAAACAAAAUUAUAAAAAAUUUCAUACCUUUUUUCCAUAUGAUAAGAAAAAACGAUGAUCAGUGUUUGAGGAACUUUGCUGAGUCUUGGAUUUUUUCUGCAGUUUUACAGAUCCCUAACCCCCCCCCCCCCCUCCGUGAGCGAACAAAAAAAUUUUGUUCGCUCACGGAGGGGGGUUAAUUUUUUUUUUUAAAAAAAAAAUUAUAUAUAAAAUUUUAUAAAAAAUAUUUUUUUCGAAAUUUAAAAAAAUCCUAAUUUGCAAAAAUUGGGAAGCAAAUAUUAAUUUAAUUUGCAAAAUUUAUAUGUUUUAAAACGCAAUUUGUUUAAAAUUAAACAGAAUUAGCUCUAGAUUUCAUUAUACUAAUUAUCACUUAUAUAUCCAAAUUUUUUUCCAUUAAAAUUUUUUCUAUUAAAAAAAUUUUUGUUCACUCACGGAGGGUGGGUUUUUGGUCAAAAAAUGGCGAUUUUUCUAAUGGUUUUGUUCGCUCACGGAGGGGGGGGGGGAGUAAGCAGACUGCAGAACUUUUACCAAUAGUUAGAGACCCCUCAAAUACGCUGCCACUUUACUAUUGUGAAGGGGUGUUAAAGAAAUCUGGCCAGUAUGAUUUAAUGCUUGAGCUAUUCUUAUCUCGAAAAAUAUAUAGGCCAGGACUAGAAGUGUUGUUUAAAAAAUAUGAGGAAGAAAAGACAAUUUACUGAUUGAUCAAGACAAGGGACUAUUUGUCAAGGAUGCAGUCCAAUGAAGAAGUCUUUUUGGAGUACACAAUUAAGCUAUUUUGCGAAAGCAAAUCUUUGGCUGAAGAGCUAUUUUUGACAUGUCCAGCAAUAAUUCCAAAAUUGGAUAUUUUAGGAAAACUCUUGCCUAUGAUGAUGAAAUAUUCAGGCCCAAGACUUGUGAUUGGGUUUUUAUCUGUUUUGGAGAACGGCCCGCCUGAGUAUUAUAACUAUUUGGCAAAAAUUUAUAUAGAAGAAACUUUAGAUGGAGAGGUAAAUCCAAAGGAAUUAGUAGAAUUUUUGAAUAGAAAGCCGACAAGAUAUGACCCAGAAACAGUUUUAACGUAUUUUCCUAACUCCCCCCCCCCCUCCGUGAGCGAACAAAAAAAUUUUGUUCGCUCACGGAGGGGGGUUAAUUUUUUUUUUUUAAAAAAAAUUUAUAUAUAAAUUUUAUAAAAAAUAUUUUUUUCGAAAUUUAAAAAAAUCCUAAUUUGCAAAAAUUGGGAAGCAAAUAUUAAUUUAAUUUGCAAAAAUUUAUGUUUUAAAACGCAAUUUGUUUAAAAUUAAACAGAAUUAGCUCUAGAUUUCAUUAUACUAAUUAUCACUUAUAUAUCCAAAUUUUUUUCCAUUAAAUUUUUUUUCUAUUAAAAAAUUUUUGUUCACUCACGGAGGGUGGGUUUUUGGUCAAAAAAUGGCGAUUUUUCUAAUGGUUUUGUUCGCUCACGGGGGGGGGGGGGGGAGUAAAGGAUAUCUCCAGAGAGAGCGAUGUUUAUUGCUGGACCUAAUUGGAAGAUAUGAAGAAAUUAUUCAUUACUAUAUUUAUGAAGAAAAAUCGCUUAUAAAUGCAAAACUGUAUGUACUCUAUAAGCGAAAUACUGAAGUUUCAAGCAUUUUUAUUAGCAAACUUUGCAAAUCUCCCUCGAAUCAAGACCACAUUAAAUUUUUAGUCGAUUUUCUUAAUGAAGCAAACCCUGAGAUUAUUGACCAUCACAUAGCUUUAAGCCUUCUCCCAAAAAAUCUCCCCAUGGACUCAAUUAUAAAAUACCUUUACAACGCUUUUCACAGCCUCGAAGAGCGAAAAGUAAAAAUCAAGCUCAAACGUCGACUUCAAGAAACUCACUUCCUCGACCUUAUUUUAGAUUACUACAAGCACGCUCAUGAAAACGUAGAAAUCACUGAAGACACACGAUGUGACAUCUGCAAAAAGAAAAUAAAAACAAAAGACUUCAUUGUCACCUAUAAAGGAGAAAUCCAGCAUGAAGACUGCUACGAGCAGAAGAAGAUUAAUACUAAUUAA